AUGCUCUAUGUUGCUGCUGCUGCUGCUGCUGCUGCUGCUGCUGCUGCUGCUGCUGAUGAUGAUGAUGAUGACGACGACGACGAUGAUGAUGAUGAUGAUGAUGAUGAUGAUGAUGAUGAUGAUGAUGAUGAUGAUGAUGAUGAUGAUGAUGAUGAUGAUGAUGAUGAUGAUUCUUAUGUUGCUUUAGUUGGUAUGAUAAUACAACGACAUUUCACAACGGUCGAGCAGUUCACUGAUUGACUUGUGGAUGAGGUUGUUGCUGCGAAGCCUUUACGUCACACGCGCCGCGGCCUACGACAUAUCUCUCGCCGUACAUCAGUCUAUUAGCGCUCCAUAUUGCUACUUCGGUCACGAUACCUUGAGUUUAAGGCGACAGAAAUACAAAAACUGGGAUUUGAACUGCCCCGUAACAGGUGACCGGGUGGGUCUGUUGCUUUUUCACAUGUUUAAGUCGGUCUGCUUCAUGACCCCAAGAUAUGAAGCAAAACGCGUCGGAGCAUUCACUGGGUCAGUAAACUACAUACUUUUGGGCAUAUGGUUUUGCGGCAAUGCAGUUAUUAUUUGACACCUCUUUUAGGACUAAAUACUGUCAAGCGUCUAGGAUCACAGAAACAUAAAAUCCUUUUUCUGGGCUACUACUUACAAACUGAAUAUCAGAGGGCUUUCUUGUCUUCUUUACAUCAACUGAGCUUGAAUAUGCUCAGCGGGGGGAUAAGACCCGCAUCCUCACUUGCAUCAGUUUUUUACGUUUUAAGACAUGCUGAGAGAUCUAGACCAACCUAUAGUGAAUUUCGACGUAUAACACGAAUAGGAUCGUCAAAUACUUCUUUUUAAGGCAUGAUGUCAGUCAAUAUUCUUAAUUCUGCCGAUAGAAGCAAACAGAGGAGUUCUGGAACUGCGGUUGGUAGUUGGAAUUACUUAUUAGAGUUAGUACUUGCGGUCAGAAGUUGAGAUUAGUGGUUAUGGUUAUCAGUAACGGAUAAUAGUUCAGAGUAUUUGUUACAGUUACCUGUUGCUGUUAGACCUCAGGUUUGGUAGGCAGGGUUGGCCGUAGGGUUAAUUAUUAGGCGUCAUUAGAUACGGUAGAUAUUUUCAUACAAGACUUGCGUUUGGUUGCUAGGUUUAACAACAACGGUAAGCAGUUCGGCGUUAGUUGUUAGGAUUACUCGUUCUGACUACUUUUACUUUCAGCAAUUGAGGUCGGUUUGUUCAUUUUGGCAGUUGUAAGUAGUGUCCGGGUUUGUGAGCCUAUCUAGGACAUACAUUCCCGAAAACCAUGACUCAACCAGCCAGAGCCUUCAUUACCCUUAUCUGCGACUGCAUGUAAUGUUGGGUUCGAGUGAGAAUUUGAGGUAUCAGACCAAUAGACUUCGUGUUCCAGUGCUCGCAUCUUAUUUUUCUGAAUCCUACUAUUCUAACACCUAAAUUGGGCCUCUUCAGAAGCCUAGGGAUAGUCUUAGAAUUUGCCUUAUUAUUAAAAAAUAUUGCACUAAUUAAGUGGAAAAAAAUAAGGAUGAUCUUGAAACCGUUGAGGGUAUUUUUUGUGCAUGUAAAGACUGAGGGACUAUUUGUUUCCAAAGAUAUUUUACAUUUUUGUCGUUAGUAUAUAGACAUCCGCGUGCACAAAUUCCUUUUUGUUCCCUUUUCGGAAAAUCUGAACGUCAGGCUUCCAUAAAGUUUUGUGGAUUUCCCUUUAUCCCAUUACAGGUAGUAAAGUUUGCAAACUUUUCUGGACAGUAGCAAAUAACUUUUCAUUUGCUUUGAAUGGUAUACGUUAUAGCGUCUCCUUUGCAGGCCACAUCCGUAGUUGUAGGAAUAAGUAGGAGUCACCAGAAUGAGAGGUUUACUGUAUACAGGACCCUCUUAGGCGAGACCGACCGCUGGUCAGGCCGGGGCAUGUGCUGAAUGUGAGAGCGAGAGAAGUGGUGGCAGCUGCCUUGGUAGGUUUGUGGGAACCAAGUCUAAGCGUUGUCCAUUUGGUGCGUUUUGCGUUCGCCGAGGACACCACCACCGUCGACAUCAGUGGUGAGGACCUGGUCUAUACCUGCCCUCAUUGCGACGGCACCUUCGCCUCACACAUGGGCCUGGUCGGUCAUUUGCGAAUCCAUCGCACAGAGACUGACGAACCUGUGCCAGGAGCACCGACCUACACCCGUUGCAUCCACCUCCACUGUCCACACUGUCCUCGCACAUUCACUUACCGCAUGGGCCUAUUCGACUACAUGCGUAUCCAAGAGAGCGGAAUUGAUCGCAGCCCCGACACGCCUAACACGUCCAGCACAUUCACUAUGCCUAGUCCCGCCCACACUCCGCCGCCCUGCGCGCCCACCGCCAUCAGCUCCAUCAUUGCCGGUGCAUCUUCCAUACCCACAACGCUCAGCCCUACUCACACCCCGUCACCCAGCGCACCCACCACCACCACCAUCACCGUAGCUAUGCUGACAACACCGACCUCUUAUGUCCGCACUGUCCUCGUACAUCCAUCUAACGCAUCGGCCUGGUCGGCCACUUGCGAAUCCACUGCACGCAGGCUGGCGAAACAGUGUCUAGAGCACUAA